AUGCUCUGCUCACCGUUCCUCACCCACCCAUGCUCUGCUCACCGUUCCUCACCCACCCAUGCUCUGCUCACCGUUCCUCACCCACCCAUGCUCUGCUCACCGUUCCUCACCCACCCAUGCUCUGCUCACCGUUCCUCACCCACCCAUGCUCUGCUCACCGUUCCUCACCCACCCAUGCUCUGCUCACCGUUCCUCACCCACCCAUGCUCUGCUCACCGUUCCUCACCCACCCAUGCUCUGCUCACCGUUCCUCACCCACCCAUGCUCUGCUCACCGUUCCUCACCCACCCAUGCUCUGCUCACCGUUCCUCACCCACCCAUGCUCUGCUCACCGUUCCUCACCCACCCAUGCUCUGCUCACCGUUCCUCACCCACCCAUGCUCUGCUCACCGUUCCUCACCCACCCAUGCUCUGCUCACCGUUCCUCACCCACCCAUGCUCUGCUCACCGUUCCUCACCCACCCAUGCUCUGCUCACCGUUCCUCACCCACCCAUGCUCUGCUCACCGUUCCUCACCCACCCAUGCUCUGCUCACCGUUCCUCACCCACCCAUGCUCUGCUCACCGUUCCUCACCCACCCAUGCUCUGCUCACCGUUCCUCACCCACCCAUGCUCUGCUCACCGUUCCUCACCCACCCAUGCUCUGCUCACCGUUCCUCACCCACCCAUGCUCUGCUCACCGUUCCUCACCCACCCAUGCUCUGCUCACCGUUCCUCACCCACCCAUGCUCUGCUCACCGUUCCUCACCCACCCAUGCUCUGCUCACCGUUCCUCACCCACCCAUGCUCUGCUCACCGUUCCUCACCCACCCAUGCUCUGCUCACCGUUCCUCACCCACCCAUGCUCUGCUCACCGUUCCUCACCCACCCAUGCUCUGCUCACCGUUCCUCACCCACCCAUGCUCUGCUCACCGUUCCUCACCCACCCAUGCUCUGCUCACCGUUCCUCACCCACCCAUGCUCUGCUCACCGUUCCUCACCCACCCAUGCUCUGCUCACCGUUCCUCACCCACCCAUGCUCUGCUCACCGUUCCUCACCCACCCAUGCUCUGCUCACCGUUCCUCACCCACCCAUGCUCUGCUCACCGUUCCUCACCCACCCAUGCUCUGCUCACCGUUCCUCACCCACCCAUGCUCUGCUCACCGUUCCUCACCCACCCAUGCUCUGCUCACCGUUCCUCACCCACCCAUGCUCUGCUCACCGUUCCUCACCCACCCAUGCUCUGCUCACCGUUCCUCACCCACCCAUGCUCUGCUCACCGUUCCUCGCCCACCCAUGCUCUGCUCACCGUUCCUCACCCACCCAUGCUCUGCUCACCGUUCCUCACCCACCCAUGCUCUGCUCACCGUUCCUCACCCACCCAUGCUCUGCUCACCGUUCCUCACCCACCCAUGCUCUGCUCACCGUUCCUCACCCACCCAUGCUCUGCUCACCGUUCCUCACCCACCCAUGCUCUGCUCACCGUUCCUCACCCACCCAUGCUCUGCUCACCGUUCCUCACCCACCCAUGCUCUGCUCACCGUUCCUCACCCACCCAUGCUCUGCUCACCGUUCCUCACCCACCCAUGCUCUGCUCACCGUUCCUCACCCACCCAUGCUCUGCUCACCGUUCCUCACCCACCCAUGCUCUGCUCACCGUUCCUCACCCACCCAUGCUCUGCUCACCGUUCCUCACCCACCCAUGCUCUGCUCACCGUUCCUCACCCACCCAUGCUCUGCUCACCGUUCCUCACCCACCCAUGCUCUGCUCACCGUUCCUCACCCACCCAUGCUCUGCUCACCGUUCCUCACCCACCCAUGCUCUGCUCACCGUUCCUCACCCACCCAUGCUCUGCUCACCGUUCCUCACCCACCCAUGCUCUGCUCACCGUUCCUCACCCACCCAUGCUCUGCUCACCGUUCCUCACCCACCCAUGCUCUGCUCACCGUUCCUCACCCACCCAUGCUCUGCUCACCGUUCCUCACCCACCCAUGCUCUGCUCACCGUUCCUCACCCACCCAUGCUCUGCUCACCGUUCCUCACCCACCCAUGCUCUGCUCACCGUUCCUCACCCACCCAUGCUCUGCUCACCGUUCCUCACCCACCCAUGCUCUGCUCACCGUUCCUCACCCACCCAUGCUCUGCUCACCGUUCCUCACCCACCCAUGCUCUGCUCACCGUUCCUCACCCACCCAUGCUCUGCUCACCGUUCCUCACCCACCCAUGCUCUGCUCACCGUUCCUCACCCACCCAUGCUCUGCUCACCGUUCCUCACCCACCCAUGCUCUGCUCACCGUUCCUCACCCACCCAUGCUCUGCUCACCGUUCCUCACCCACCCAUGCUCUGCUCACCGUUCCUCACCCACCCAUGCUCUGCUCACCGUUCCUCACCCACCCAUGCUCUGCUCACCGUUCCUCACCCACCCAUGCUCUGCUCACCGUUCCUCACCCACCCAUGCUCUGCUCACCGUUCCUCACCCACCCAUGCUCUGCUCACCGUUCCUCACCCACCCAUGCUCUGCUCACCGUUCCUCACUCACCCAUGCUCUGCUCACCGUUCCUCACCCACCCAUGCUCUGCUCACCGUUCCUCACCCACCCAUGCUCUGCUCACCGUUCCUCACCCACCCAUGCUCUGCUCACCGUUCCUCACCCACCCAUGCUCUGCUCACCGUUCCUCACCCACCCAUGCUCUGCUCACCGUUCCUCACCCACCCAUGCUCUGCUCACCGUUCCUCACCCACCCAUGCUCUGCUCACCGUUCCUCACCCACCCAUGCUCUGCUCACCGUUCCUCACCCACCCAUGCUCUGCUCACCGUUCCUCACCCACCCAUGCUCUGCUCACCGUUCCUCACCCACCCAUGCUCUGCUCACCGUUCCUCACCCACCCAUGCUCUGCUCACCGUUCCUCACCCACCCAUGCUCUGCUCACCGUUCCUCACCCACCCAUGCUCUGCUCACCGUUCCUCACCCACCCAUGCUCUGCUCACCGUUCCUCACCCACCCAUGCUCUGCUCACCGUUCCUCACCCACCCAUGCUCUGCUCACCGUUCCUCACCCACCCAUGCUCUGCUCACCGUUCCUCACCCACCCAUGCUCUGCUCACCGUUCCUCACCCACCCAUGCUCUGCUCACCGUUCCUCACCCACCCAUGCUCUGCUCACCGUUCCUCACCCACCCAUGCUCUGCUCACCGUUCCUCACCCACCCAUGCUCUGCUCACCGUUCCUCACCCACCCAUGCUCUGCUCACCGUUCCUCACCCACCCAUGCUCUGCUCACCGUUCCUCACCCACCCAUGCUCUGCUCACCGUUCCUCACCCACCCAUGCUCUGCUCACCGUUCCUCACCCACCCAUGCUCUGCUCACCGUUCCUCACCCACCCAUGCUCUGCUCACCGUUCCUCACCCACCCAUGCUCUGCUCACCGUUCCUCACCCACCCAUGCUCUGCUCACCGUUCCUCACCCACCCAUGCUCUGCUCACCGUUCCUCACCCACCCAUGCUCUGCUCACCGUUCCUCACCCACCCAUGCUCUGCUCACCGUUCCUCACCCACCCAUGCUCUGCUCACCGUUCCUCACCCACCCAUGCUCUGCUCACCGUUCCUCACCCACCCAUGCUCUGCUCACCGUUCCUCACCCACCCAUGCUCUGCUCACCGUUCCUCACCCACCCAUGCUCUGCUCACCGUUCCUCACCCACCCAUGCUCUGCUCACCGUUCCUCACCCACCCAUGCUCUGCUCACCGUUCCUCACCCACCCAUGCUCUGCUCACCGUUCCUCACCCACCCAUGCUCUGCUCACCGUUCCUCACCCACCCAUGCUCUGCUCACCGUUCCUCACCCACCCAUGCUCUGCUCACCGUUCCUCACCCACCCAUGCUCUGCUCACCGUUCCUCACCCACCCAUGCUCUGCUCACCGUUCCUCACCCACCCAUGCUCUGCUCACCGUUCCUCACCCACCCAUGCUCUGCUCACCGUUCCUCACCCACCCAUGCUCUGCUCACCGUUCCUCACCCACCCAUGCUCUGCUCACCGUUCCUCACCCACCCAUGCUCUGCUCACCGUUCCUCACCCACCCAUGCUCUGCUCACCGUUCCUCACCCACCCAUGCUCUGCUCACCGUUCCUCACCCACCCAUGCUCUGCUCACCGUUCCUCACCCACCCAUGCUCUGCUCACCGUUCCUCACCCACCCAUGCUCUGCUCACCGUUCCUCACCCACCCAUGCUCUGCUCACCGUUCCUCACCCACCCAUGCUCUGCUCACCGUUCCUCACCCACCCAUGCUCUGCUCACCGUUCCUCACCCACCCAUGCUCUGCUCACCGUUCCUCACCCACCCAUGCUCUGCUCACCGUUCCUCACCCACCCAUGCUCUGCUCACCGUUCCUCACCCACCCAUGCUCUGCUCACCGUUCCUCACCCACCCAUGCUCUGCUCACCGUUCCUCACCCACCCAUGCUCUGCUCACCGUUCCUCACCCACCCAUGCUCUGCUCACCGUUCCUCACCCACCCAUGCUCUGCUCACCGUUCCUCACCCACCCAUGCUCUGCUCACCGUUCCUCACCCACCCAUGCUCUGCUCACCGUUCCUCACCCACCCAUGCUCUGCUCACCGUUCCUCACCCACCCAUGCUCUGCUCACCGUUCCUCACCCACCCAUGCUCUGCUCACCGUUCCUCACCCACCCAUGCUCUGCUCACCGUUCCUCACCCACCCAUGCUCUGCUCACCGUUCCUCACCCACCCAUGCUCUGCUCACCGUUCCUCACCCACCCAUGCUCUGCUCACCGUUCCUCACCCACCCAUGCUCUGCUCACCGUUCCUCACCCACCCAUGCUCUGCUCACCGUUCCUCACCCACCCAUGCUCUGCUCACCGUUCCUCACCCACCCAUGCUCUGCUCACCGUUCCUCACCCACCCAUGCUCUCUGCUCACCGUUCCUCACCCACCCAUGCUCUGCUCACCGUUCCUCACCCACCCAUGCUCUCUGCUCACCGUUCCUCACCCACCCAUGCUCUGCUCACCGUUCCUCACCCACCCAUGCUCUGCUCACCGUUCCUCACCCACCCAUGCUCUGCUCACCGUUCCUCACCCACCCAUGCUCUGCUCACCGUUCCUCACCCACCCAUGCUCUGCUCACCGUUCCUCACCCACCCAUGCUCUGCUCACCGUUCCUCACCCACCCAUGCUCUGCUCACCGUUCCUCACCCACCCAUGCUCUGCUCACCGUUCCUCACCCACCCAUGCUCUGCUCACCGUUCCUCACCCACCCAUGCUCUGCUCACCGUUCCUCACCCACCCAUGCUCUGCUCACCGUUCCUCACCCACCCAUGCUCUGCUCACCGUUCCUCACCCACCCAUGCUCUGCUCACCGUUCCUCACCCACCCAUGCUCUGCUCACCGUUCCUCACCCACCCAUGCUCUGCUCACCGUUCCUCACCCACCCAUGCUCUGCUCACCGUUCCUCACCCACCCAUGCUCUGCUCACCGUUCCUCACCCACCCAUGCUCUGCUCACCGUUCCUCACCCACCCAUGCUCUGCUCACCGUUCCUCACCCACCCAUGCUCUGCUCACCGUUCCUCACCCACCCAUGCUCUGCUCACCGUUCCUCACCCACCCAUGCUCUGCUCACCGUUCCUCACCCACCCAUGCUCUGCUCACCGUUCCUCACCCACCCAUGCUCUGCUCACCGUUCCUCACCCACCCAUGCUCUGCUCACCGUUCCUCACCCACCCAUGCUCUGCUCACCGUUCCUCACCCACCCAUGCUCUGCUCACCGUUCCUCACCCACCCAUGCUCUGCUCACCGUUCCUCACCCACCCAUGCUCUGCUCACCGUUCCUCACCCACCCAUGCUCUGCUCACCGUUCCUCACCCACCCAUGCUCUGCUCACCGUUCCUCACCCACCCAUGCUCUGCUCACCGUUCCUCACCCACCCAUGCUCUGCUCACCGUUCCUCACCCACCCAUGCUCUGCUCACCGUUCCUCACCCACCCAUGCUCUGCUCACCGUUCCUCACCCACCCAUGCUCUGCUCACCGUUCCUCACCCACCCAUGCUCUGCUCACCGUUCCUCACCCACCCAUGCUCUGCUCACCGUUCCUCACCCACCCAUGCUCUGCUCACCGUUCCUCACCCACCCAUGCUCUGCUCACCGUUCCUCACCCACCCAUGCUCUGCUCACCGUUCCUCACCCACCCAUGCUCUGCUCACCGUUCCUCACCCACCCAUGCUCUGCUCACCGUUCCUCACCCACCCAUGCUCUGCUCACCGUUCCUCACCCACCCAUGCUCUGCUCACCGUUCCUCACCCACCCAUGCUCUGCUCACCGUUCCUCACCCACCCAUGCUCUGCUCACCGUUCCUCACCCACCCAUGCUCUGCUCACCGUUCCUCACCCACCCAUGCUCUGCUCACCGUUCCUCACCCACCCAUGCUCUGCUCACCGUUCCUCACCCACCCAUGCUCUGCUCACCGUUCCUCACCCACCCAUGCUCUGCUCACCGUUCCUCACCCACCCAUGCUCUGCUCACCGUUCCUCACCCACCCAUGCUCUGCUCACCGUUCCUCACCCACCCAUGCUCUGCUCACCGUUCCUCACCCACCCAUGCUCUGCUCACCGUUCCUCACCCACCCAUGCUCUGCUCACCGUUCCUCACCCACCCAUGCUCUCUGCUCACCGUUCCUCACCCACCCAUGCUCUGCUCACCGUUCCUCACCCACCCAUGCUCUCUGCUCACCGUUCCUCACCCACCCAUGCUCUGCUCACCGUUCCUCACCCACCCAUGCUCUGCUCACCGUUCCUCACCCACCCAUGCUCUGCUCACCGUUCCUCACCCACCCAUGCUCUGCUCACCGUUCCUCACCCACCCAUGCUCUGCUCACCGUUCCUCACCCACCCAUGCUCUGCUCACCGUUCCUCACCCACCCAUGCUCUCUGCUCACCGUUCCUCACCCACCCAUGCUCUGCUCACCGUUCCUCACCCACCCAUGCUCUCUGCUCACCGUUCCUCACCCACCCAUGCUCUGCUCACCGUUCCUCACCCACCCAUGCUCUGCUCACCGUUCCUCACCCACCCAUGCUCUGCUCACCGUUCCUCACCCACCCAUGCUCUGCUCACCGUUCCUCACCCACCCAUGCUCUGCUCACCGUUCCUCACCCACCCAUGCUCUGCUCACCGUUCCUCACCCACCCAUGCUCUGCUCACCGUUCCUCACCCACCCAUGCUCUGCUCACCGUUCCUCACCCACCCAUGCUCUGCUCACCGUUCCUCACCCACCCAUGCUCUGCUCACCGUUCCUCACCCACCCAUGCUCUGCUCACCGUUCCUCACCCACCCAUGCUCUGCUCACCGUUCCUCACCCACCCAUGCUCUGCUCACCGUUCCUCACCCACCCAUGCUCUGCUCACCGUUCCUCACCCACCCAUGCUCUGCUCACCGUUCCUCACCCACCCAUGCUCUGCUCACCGUUCCUCACCCACCCAUGCUCUGCUCACCGUUCCUCACCCACCCAUGCUCUGCUCACCGUUCCUCACCCACCCAUGCUCUGCUCACCGUUCCUCACCCACCCAUGCUCUGCUCACCGUUCCUCACCCACCCAUGCUCUGCUCACCGUUCCUCACCCACCCAUGCUCUGCUCACCGUUCCUCACCCACCCAUGCUCUGCUCACCGUUCCUCACCCACCCAUGCUCUGCUCACCGUUCCUCACCCACCCAUGCUCUGCUCACCGUUCCUCACCCACCCAUGCUCUGCUCACCGUUCCUCACCCACCCAUGCUCUGCUCACCGUUCCUCACCCACCCAUGCUCUCUGCUCACCGUUCCUCACCCACCCAUGCUCUGCUCACCGUUCCUCACCCACCCAUGCUCUGCUCACCGUUCCUCACCCACCCAUGCUCUGCUCACCGUUCCUCACCCACCCAUGCUCUGCUCACCGUUCCUCACCCACCCAUGCUCUGCUCACCGUUCCUCACCCACCCAUGCUCUGCUCACCGUUCCUCACCCACCCAUGCUCUGCUCACCGUUCCUCACCCACCCAUGCUCUGCUCACCGUUCCUCACCCACCCAUGCUCUGCUCACCGUUCCUCACCCACCCAUGCUCUGCUCACCGUUCCUCACCCACCCAUGCUCUGCUCACCGUUCCUCACCCACCCAUGCUCUGCUCACCGUUCCUCACCCACCCAUGCUCUGCUCACCGUUCCUCACCCACCCAUGCUCUGCUCACCGUUCCUCACCCACCCAUGCUCUGCUCACCGUUCCUCACCCACCCAUGCUCUGCUCACCGUUCCUCACCCACCCAUGCUCUGCUCACCGUUCCUCACCCACCCAUGCUCUGCUCACCGUUCCUCACCCACCCAUGCUCUGCUCACCGUUCCUCACCCACCCAUGCUCUGCUCACCGUUCCUCACCCACCCAUGCUCUGCUCACCGUUCCUCACCCACCCAUGCUCUGCUCACCGUUCCUCACCCACCCAUGCUCUGCUCACCGUUCCUCACCCACCCAUGCUCUGCUCACCGUUCCUCACCCACCCAUGCUCUGCUCACCGUUCCUCACCCACCCAUGCUCUGCUCACCGUUCCUCACCCACCCAUGCUCUGCUCACCGUUCCUCACCCACCCAUGCUCUGCUCACCGUUCCUCACCCACCCAUGCUCUGCUCACCGUUCCUCACCCACCCAUGCUCUGCUCACCGUUCCUCACCCACCCAUGCUCUGCUCACCGUUCCUCACCCACCCAUGCUCUGCUCACCGUUCCUCACCCACCCAUGCUCUGCUCACCGUUCCUCACCCACCCAUGCUCUGCUCACCGUUCCUCACCCACCCAUGCUCUGCUCACCGUUCCUCACCCACCCAUGCUCUGCUCACCGUUCCUCACCCACCCAUGCUCUGCUCACCGUUCCUCACCCACCCAUGCUCUGCUCACCGUUCCUCACCCACCCAUGCUCUGCUCACCGUUCCUCACCCACCCAUGCUCUGCUCACCGUUCCUCACCCACCCAUGCUCUGCUCACCGUUCCUCACCCACCCAUGCUCUGCUCACCGUUCCUCACCCACCCAUGCUCUGCUCACCGUUCCUCACCCACCCAUGCUCUGCUCACCGUUCCUCACCCACCCAUGCUCUGCUCACCGUUCCUCACCCACCCAUGCUCUGCUCACCGUUCCUCACCCACCCAUGCUCUGCUCACCGUUCCUCACCCACCCAUGCUCUGCUCACCGUUCCUCACCCACCCAUGCUCUGCUCACCGUUCCUCACCCACCCAUGCUCUGCUCACCGUUCCUCACCCACCCAUGCUCUGCUCACCGUUCCUCACCCACCCAUGCUCUGCUCACCGUUCCUCACCCACCCAUGCUCUGCUCACCGUUCCUCACCCACCCAUGCUCUGCUCACCGUUCCUCACCCACCCAUGCUCUGCUCACCGUUCCUCACCCACCCAUGCUCUGCUCACCGUUCCUCACCCACCCAUGCUCUGCUCACCGUUCCUCACCCACCCAUGCUCUGCUCACCGUUCCUCACCCACCCAUGCUCUGCUCACCGUUCCUCACCCACCCAUGCUCUGCUCACCGUUCCUCACCCACCCAUGCUCUGCUCACCGUUCCUCACCCACCCAUGCUCUGCUCACCGUUCCUCACCCACCCAUGCUCUGCUCACCGUUCCUCACCCACCCAUGCUCUGCUCACCGUUCCUCACCCACCCAUGCUCUGCUCACCGUUCCUCACCCACCCAUGCUCUGCUCACCGUUCCUCACCCACCCAUGCUCUGCUCACCGUUCCUCACCCACCCAUGCUCUGCUCACCGUUCCUCACCCACCCAUGCUCUGCUCACCGUUCCUCACCCACCCAUGCUCUGCUCACCGUUCCUCACCCACCCAUGCUCUGCUCACCGUUCCUCACCCACCCAUGCUCUGCUCACCGUUCCUCACCCACCCAUGCUCUGCUCACCGUUCCUCACCCACCCAUGCUCUGCUCACCGUUCCUCACCCACCCAUGCUCUGCUCACCGUUCCUCACCCACCCAUGCUCUGCUCACCGUUCCUCACCCACCCAUGCUCUGCUCACCGUUCCUCACCCACCCAUGCUCUGCUCACCGUUCCUCACCCACCCAUGCUCUGCUCACCGUUCCUCACCCACCCAUGCUCUGCUCACCGUUCCUCACCCACCCAUGCUCUGCUCACCGUUCCUCACCCACCCAUGCUCUGCUCACCGUUCCUCACCCACCCAUGCUCUCACUCCAUCAUGACACCUCCCUCUGUCGAUGCAAAGGGGAAGGCAAAGGGGGGGGGUAAAAGGGGAAGGAAAAGGGGGGAGGCAAAGGGGAAAGGGGAGGGGGAAGGGAAGGAUGGAUGGGCGCAAGGUGAGAUGGGCGAGAGUGCACUCCUGGCGAAGCAGAAAACACGGGCCAGCCAACUCACUCAUGCCAUCUCCUGCUGCCAUUUUCUGAUCACCACACCUUCCAUCUGCUACCCACCUACCUCUCUUCCCUGCCCCCUGCCUCCACUGACAGCGCUUCAGGGCGGAGGACAGUUCCCCGCGUCGCACAGUGGGGCCAUGUGGUGGGGAGGGGGCUGUUCCCCACCACUGCUGCUGCACUCACCAUUGGUGAGAGGGCAGCAGUGGAGCGGCAGUAGUGGCAGCGGCGGAGGAGGUGAAGAGACAUGCGGAUGGCAUGGGAGUGGCGUUGAGGAACACUGGGCCACCACACCAUGCCACCGUGGGCCACACCAUGCCACCGUGGGCCACACCAUGCCACCGUGGGCCACACCAUGCCACCGUGGGCCACACCAUGCCACCGUGGGCCACACCAUGCCACCGUGGGCCACACCAUGCCACCGUGGGCCACACCAUGCCACCGUGGGCCACACCAUGCCACCGUGGGCCACACCAUGCCACCGUGGGCCACACCAUGCCACCGUGGGCCACACCAUGCCACCGUGGGCCACACCAUGCCACCGUGGGCCACACCAUGCCACCGUGGGCCACACCAUGCCACCGUGGGCCACACCAUGCCACCGUGGGCCACACCAUGCCACCGUGGGCCACACCAUGCCACCGUGGGCCACACCAUGCCACCGUGGGCCACACCAUGCCACCGUGGGCCACACCAUGCCACCGUGGGCCACACCAUGCCACCGUGGGCCACACCAUGCCACCGUGGGCCACACCAUGCCACCGUGGGCCACACCAUGCCACCGUGGGCCACACCAUGCCACCGUGGGCCACACCAUGCCACCGUGGGCCACACCAUGCCACCGUGGGCCACACCAUGCCACCGUGGGCCACACCAUGCCACCGUGGGCCACACCAUGCCACCGUGGGCCACACCAUGCCACCGUGGGCCACACCAUGCCACCGUGGGCCACACCAUGCCACCGUGGGCCACACCAUGCCACCGUGGGCCACACCAUGCCACCGUGGGCCACACCAUGCCACCGUGGGCCACACCAUGCCACCGUGGGCCACACCAUGCCACCGUGGGCCACACCAUGCCACCGUGGGCCACACCAUGCCACCGUGGGCCACACCAUGCCACCGUGGGCCACACCAUGCCACCGUGGGCCACACCAUGCCACCGUGGGCCACACCAUGCCACCGUGGGCCACACCAUGCCACCGUGGGCCACACCAUGCCACCGUGGGCCACACCAUGCCACCGUGGGCCACACCAUGCCACCGUGGGCCACACCAUGCCACCGUGGGCCACACCAUGCCACCGUGGGCCACACCAUGCCACCGUGGGCCACACCAUGCCACCGUGGGCCACACCAUGCCACCGUGGGCCACACCAUGCCACCGUGGGCCACACCAUGCCACCGUGGGCCACACCAUGCCACCGUGGGCCACACCAUGCCACCGUGGGCCACACCAUGCCACCGUGGGCCACACCAUGCCACCGUGGGCCACACCAUGCCACCGUGGGCCACACCAUGCCACCGUGGGCCACACCAUGCCACCGUGGGCCACACCAUGCCACCGUGGGCCACACCAUGCCACCGUGGGCCACACCAUGCCACCGUGGGCCACACCAUGCCACCGUGGGCCACACCAUGCCACCGUGGGCCACACCAUGCCACCGUGGGCCACACCAUGCCACCGUGGGCCACACCAUGCCACCGUGGGCCACACCAUGCCACCGUGGGCCACACCAUGCCACCGUGGGCCACACCAUGCCACCGUGGGCCACACCAUGCCACCGUGGGCCACACCAUGCCACCGUGGGCCACACCAUGCCACCGUGGGCCACACCAUGCCACCGUGGGCCACACCAUGCCACCGUGGGCCACACCAUGCCACCGUGGGCCACACCAUGCCACCGUGGGCCACACCAUGCCACCGUGGGCCACACCAUGCCACCGUGGGCCACACCAUGCCACCGUGGGCCACACCAUGCCACCGUGGGCCACACCAUGCCACCGUGGGCCACACCAUGCCACCGUGGGCCACACCAUGCCACCGUGGGCCACACCAUGCCACCGUGGGCCACACCAUGCCACCGUGGGCCACACCAUGCCACCGUGGGCCACACCAUGCCACCGUGGGCCACACCAUGCCACCGUGGGCCACACCAUGCCACCGUGGGCCACACCAUGCCACCGUGGGCCACACCAUGCCACCGUGGGCCACACCAUGCCACCGUGGGCCACACCAUGCCACCGUGGGCCACACCAUGCCACCGUGGGCCACACCAUGCCACCGUGGGCCACACCAUGCCACCGUGGGCCACACCAUGCCACCGUGGGCCACACCAUGCCACCGUGGGCCACACCAUGCCACCGUGGGCCACACCAUGCCACCGUGGGCCACACCAUGCCACCGUGGGCCACACCAUGCCACCGUGGGCCACACCAUGCCACCGUGGGCCACACCAUGCCACCGUGGGCCACACCAUGCCACCGUGGGCCACACCAUGCCACCGUGGGCCACACCAUGCCACCGUGGGCCACACCAUGCCACCGUGGGCCACACCAUGCCACCGUGGGCCACACCAUGCCACCGUGGGCCACACCAUGCCACCGUGGGCCACACCAUGCCACCGUGGGCCACACCAUGCCACCGUGGGCCACACCAUGCCACCGUGGGCCACACCAUGCCACCGUGGGCCACACCAUGCCACCGUGGGCCACACCAUGCCACCGUGGGCCACACCAUGCCACCGUGGGCCACACCAUGCCACCGUGGGCCACACCAUGCCACCGUGGGCCACACCAUGCCACCGUGGGCCACACCAUGCCACCGUGGGCCACACCAUGCCACCGUGGGCCACACCAUGCCACCGUGGGCCACACCAUGCCACCGUGGGCCACACCAUGCCACCGUGGGCCACACCAUGCCACCGUGGGCCACACCAUGCCACCGUGGGCCACACCAUGCCACCGUGGGCCACACCAUGCCACCGUGGGCCACACCAUGCCACCGUGGGCCACACCAUGCCACCGUGGGCCACACCAUGCCACCGUGGGCCACACCAUGCCACCGUGGGCCACACCAUGCCACCGUGGGCCACACCAUGCCACCGUGGGCCACACCAUGCCACCGUGGGCCACACCAUGCCACCGUGGGCCACACCAUGCCACCGUGGGCCACACCAUGCCACCGUGGGCCACACCAUGCCACCGUGGGCCACACCAUGCCACCGUGGGCCACACCAUGCCACCGUGGGCCACACCAUGCCACCGUGGGCCACACCAUGCCACCGUGGGCCACACCAUGCCACCGUGGGCCACACCAUGCCACCGUGGGCCACACCAUGCCACCGUGGGCCACACCAUGCCACCGUGGGCCACACCAUGCCACCGUGGGCCACACCAUGCCACCGUGGGCCACACCAUGCCACCGUGGGCCACACCAUGCCACCGUGGGCCACACCAUGCCACCGUGGGCCACACCAUGCCACCGUGGGCCACACCAUGCCACCGUGGGCCACACCAUGCCACCGUGGGCCACACCAUGCCACCGUGGGCCACACCAUGCCACCGUGGGCCACACCAUGCCACCGUGGGCCACACCAUGCCACCGUGGGCCACACCAUGCCACCGUGGGCCACACCAUGCCACCGUGGGCCACACCAUGCCACCGUGGGCCACACCAUGCCACCGUGGGCCACACCAUGCCACCGUGGGCCACACCAUGCCACCGUGGGCCACACCAUGCCACCGUGGGCCACACCAUGCCACCGUGGGCCACACCAUGCCACCGUGGGCCACACCAUGCCACCGUGGGCCACACCAUGCCACCGUGGGCCACACCAUGCCACCGUGGGCCACACCAUGCCACCGUGGGCCACACCAUGCCACCGUGGGCCACACCAUGCCACCGUGGGCCACACCAUGCCACCGUGGGCCACACCAUGCCACCGUGGGCCACACCAUGCCACCGUGGGCCACACCAUGCCACCGUGGGCCACACCAUGCCACCGUGGGCCACACCAUGCCACCGUGGGCCACACCAUGCCACCGUGGGCCACACCAUGCCACCGUGGGCCACACCAUGCCACCGUGGGCCACACCAUGCCACCGUGGGCCACACCAUGCCACCGUGGGCCACACCAUGCCACCGUGGGCCACACCAUGCCACCGUGGGCCACACCAUGCCACCGUGGGCCACACCAUGCCACCGUGGGCCACACCAUGCCACCGUGGGCCACACCAUGCCACCGUGGGCCACACCAUGCCACCGUGGGCCACACCAUGCCACCGUGGGCCACACCAUGCCACCGUGGGCCACACCAUGCCACCGUGGGCCACACCAUGCCACCGUGGGCCACACCAUGCCACCGUGGGCCACACCAUGCCACCGUGGGCCACACCAUGCCACCGUGGGCCACACCAUGCCACCGUGGGCCACACCAUGCCACCGUGGGCCACACCAUGCCACCGUGGGCCACACCAUGCCACCGUGGGCCACACCAUGCCACCGUGGGCCACACCAUGCCACCGUGGGCCACACCAUGCCACCGUGGGCCACACCAUGCCACCGUGGGCCACACCAUGCCACCGUGGGCCACACCAUGCCACCGUGGGCCACACCAUGCCACCGUGGGCCACACCAUGCCACCGUGGGCCACACCAUGCCACCGUGGGCCACACCAUGCCACCGUGGGCCACACCAUGCCACCGUGGGCCACACCAUCCACCGGGCCACACCAUGCCACCGUGGGCCACACCAUGCCACCGUGGGCCACACCAUGCCACCGUGGGCCACACCAUGCCACCGUGGGCCACACCAUGCCACCGUGGGCCACACCAUGCCACCGUGGGCCACACCAUGCCACCGUGGGCCACACCAUGCCACCGUGGGCCACACCAUGCCACCGUGGGCCACACCAUGCCACCGUGGGCCACACCAUGCCACCGUGGGCCACACCAUGCCACCGUGGGCCACACCAUGCCACCGUGGGCCACACCAUGCCACCGUGGGCCACACCAUGCCACCGUGGGCCACACCAUGCCACCGUGGGCCACACCAUGCCACCGUGGGCCACACCAUGCCACCGUGGGCCACACCAUGCCACCGUGGGCCACACCAUGCCACCGUGGGCCACACCAUGCCACCGUGGGCCACACCAUGCCACCGUGGGCCACACCAUGCCACCGUGGGCCACACCAUGCCACCGUGGGCCACACCAUGCCACCGUGGGCCACACCAUGCCACCGUGGGCCACACCAUGCCACCGUGGGCCACACCAUGCCACCGUGGGCCACACCAUGCCACCGUGGGCCACACCAUGCCACCGUGGGCCACACCAUGCCACCGUGGGCCACACCAUGCCACCGUGGGCCACACCAUGCCACCGUGGGCCACACCAUGCCACCGUGGGCCACACCAUGCCACCGUGGGCCACACCAUGCCACCGUGGGCCACACCAUGCCACCGUGGGCCACACCAUGCCACCGUGGGCCACACCAUGCCACCGUGGGCCACACCAUGCCACCGUGGGCCACACCAUGCCACCGUGGGCCACACCAUGCCACCGUGGGCCACACCAUGCCACCGUGGGCCACACCAUGCCACCGUGGGCCACACCAUGCCACCGUGGGCCACACCAUGCCACCGUGGGCCACACCAUGCCACCGUGGGCCACACCAUGCCACCGUGGGCCACACCAUGCCACCGUGGGCCACACCAUGCCACCGUGGGCCACACCAUGCCACCGUGGGCCACACCAUGCCACCGUGGGCCACACCAUGCCACCGUGGGCCACACCAUGCCACCGUGGGCCACACCAUGCCACCGUGGGCCACACCAUGCCACCGUGGGCCACACCAUGCCACCGUGGGCCACACCAUGCCACCGUGGGCCACACCAUGCCACCGUGGGCCACACCAUGCCACCGUGGGCCACACCAUGCCACCGUGGGCCACACCAUGCCACCGUGGGCCACACCAUGCCACCGUGGGCCACACCAUGCCACCGUGGGCCACACCAUGCCACCGUGGGCCACACCAUGCCACCGUGGGCCACACCAUGCCACCGUGGGCCACACCAUGCCACCGUGGGCCACACCAUGCCACCGUGGGCCACACCAUGCCACCGUGGGCCACACCAUGCCACCGUGGGCCACACCAUGCCACCGUGGGCCACACCAUGCCACCGUGGGCCACACCAUGCCACCGUGGGCCACACCAUGCCACCGUGGGCCACACCAUGCCACCGUGGGCCACACCAUGCCACCGUGGGCCACACCAUGCCACCGUGGGCCACACCAUGCCACCGUGGGCCACACCAUGCCACCGUGGGCCACACCAUGCCACCGUGGGCCACACCAUGCCACCGUGGGCCACACCAUGCCACCGUGGGCCACACCAUGCCACCGUGGGCCACACCAUGCCACCGUGGGCCACACCAUGCCACCGUGGGCCACACCAUGCCACCGUGGGCCACACCAUGCCACCGUGGGCCACACCAUGCCACCGUGGGCCACACCAUGCCACCGUGGGCCACACCAUGCCACCUUUCCUGCUGA